AUGCUGGCUUCACUCGUUCUUGUGGCGUUGCCUCUGCUCGCGCUGGGUGGCUCAGCUCAUGAUGAGACCAUGAAGCCGAGAUCGACGUUUGCGGAGCUCGGGAAGCGUCAGAUGGUGGCUGGUUACGACUACGUAAUCUCGAUGACUUUCUCUGCCCAAUGCAGUAUCAAUCAACUCAACAGUGCUGUUGGCCCGUAUGUGACGACUUCACCCAAGUCAAUGGCAACAGUUCGUGUCAUCGACAGCGUCAACCAGCCGACUUGCGUCGCUGGACCUUGCACAAACUUCUUCUACAGCUGGGUUCCGGCCCAGGGCGCUUGGCUCGUCAACGCGCGCAUCGAUCAGACCUUCGAUGGCGUUCCUGCAGGCUGCUGCACCGGAUACGCUUUUGCUGCCUUCUACCUCGCCCCGGACGGUUGGGCCAGCAAGGCACCCGGUGACGGCGUCCAGCUCUCGUGCUCGGACACCGCCAAAGACAGCACGGGCAAGAGCUGUGCACCCGUCUUUGUCAACCUGGGAGGCGCUGGCUUCUUCAACAAAUGCGUUUACACUGGUAUCCCGCCCCUGUCCUUGACGGACAUCCCUGUCCGACUGGAGGGUGUAGGCUUGCGCGAGCUCAGUUUUGUCUGUUUCAACGGCCAGUCCAGAACGCCAAAAGCUGAAGACGCUGCCCUGCGUCGCUCUGCCGUCAGAUCGUACACCGCUGCAACAGCUCUUGUAGACGCCAUCGCUGCAUCUGUCACCCUAGCUUGA